CUACUGAUAACUGAAGGUUAGGUGCCAUAGGUCACAGUAAAUACCUCGCUGCCCCUUCUCAGGACACUCAGUGGGGGUGAGGACUCAGAGUGAGAGAGAGGUAGAGAAAGAGAGAGAGAGAGAGAGAGAGAGAGAGCUGCCAGAGAAUCAGUGACAGGGUCCACAGAGGAGAUAGUUUCAGAAAGGACACAGCCUCUCAAAGCUUUGCAAGAAAGUAACAAAGCAGCUGCUUACCAAAGGGAGACUCAACGGCUACAUUUUCCAAUUCUGCGUCCAGUGAGGUUUACAAAAAGCCACCAUGAAGCUGAAGCUACCAAACCCAGGACUGGACAACCGGAUCCCCUCUCAUGGGGACCUGGAGAAGAUGGAGAAGGAGGAGGCCGGCGACAGGCCCAAAUGGGACAACAAAGCCCAGUACCUGCUCACCUGCGUGGGCUUCUGUGUGGGACUUGGUAACGUCUGGAGGUUCCCAUACCUGUGUCAGAGCCAUGGAGGAGGAGCAUUUAUGAUCCCCUUCCUUAUCCUGCUGGUUCUGGAGGGAAUCCCAUUGCUGCACCUGGAGUUUGCCAUCGGUCAGCGCCUGAGGAAAGGCAGUGUGGGAGUGUGGAGAUCAAUUAAUCCCUACUUGACUGGAGUUGGUAUUGCAUCCUUGAUCGUCUCAUUUUUGGUGGGUAUGUACUACAACACCAUCAUGGCCUGGAUCAUGUGGUAUCUCUUCAACUCCUUCCAAAAUCCUCUUCCUUGGAGCCAAUGUCCUCUCAAUGCUAACAGGACAGGUCUGGUAGAGGAGUGCGCUCGGAGCACCACUGUCGACUACUUCUGGUACAGAGAGACUCUGAACACUUCAGCAGAUAUCGAAGAGUCUGGGGGCCUGCAGUGGUGGAUGGUGCUGGCCCUUGUAUCUGCCUGGACUCUGCUCUACGUCUGCUGUAUUCGGGGGAUCGAGACCACUGGAAAGGCUGUGUACAUCACGUCCACUCUGCCAUACGUGGUCCUCACCAUCUUCCUCAUCAGAGGACUGACUCUGAAAGGCUCUGUUGAGGGAAUCAAGUUCCUCUUCACACCAGAUGUGAAUGAGUUAAUGAAUCCUGCAACCUGGUUGGAUGCAGGUGCCCAGGUUUUCUAUUCAUUCUCUUUGGCUUUUGGAGGUCUUAUCUCUUUUUCCAGUUACAACUCCAUUCACAACAACUGUGAGCAGGACGCCGUUCUCAUAUCCAUCAUCAAUGGCUGCACCUCAGUGUACUCUGCAACGGUCAUCUACUCUAUCAUCGGUUUCCGGGCCACGCAAAAAUAUGAUGACUGCAUGGGAAACAACAUCUUUAAGCUGAUGAAUGCCUUCAACUACCCUGAAAACACCAUCACAGAAAGCAACUACGACCAGAUCCUGGUCCAACUCAACCAAACCAGUCCACAUAUCAUCCAAGGAUUGGAUUUACAGACCUGUGACAUGCAGUUUUUCCUCAGUCAGGGUGUUGAGGGAACAGGUUUGGCCUUCAUCGUGUUCACGGAGGCUAUCAUCAAGAUGCCCUUUUCUCCUCUCUGGGCUGUCCUCUUCUUCAUCAUGCUCUUCUGCCUCGGCCUCUCGACUAUGUUUGGCAACAUUGAGGGAGUGGUGGUCCCUUUGCAGGACCUCAGGGUGCUGCCACGAACUUGGCCCAAAGAAGUUUUCUGUGGACUGACUUGCUUAAUUUCUUUCGCUUUCGGGCUCAUAUUCGCCCUGCGCUCUGGAAACUACUGGCUAGCUCUCUUUGACAACUUUGCGGGCUCUAUCCCACUUCUGGUCAUUGGAUUCUGUGAAAUGAUUGCUGUCAUCUACAUUUAUGGCGUGGAUAGGUUUAACGAGGACAUUGAGUUUAUGAUCGGCCACAAGCCCAAUAUUUUCUGGCAGGUGACAUGGAGAGUGGUUAGCCCAGUCAUUAUGAUCUUCAUCUUGGUUUUCUACUUUGUUACCCAAGUCACAAAGAGUCUCACCUAUUUGGUCUGGGACCAGGAGGCGGAGAGCUUCCCCACCCUUGAACCACGUCCAUAUCCCUCCUUCGUUUACGUCAUCAUCUUUAUCUUGGCUGGUGUUCCCAGUUUAGCCAUCCCAGCGUUCGCCUUCUUCAAAUUCAUCCAGAAGAAAUGCUGCAAACAGAAGGACUACAGUGAGAACACAGUGGAUACUAUCUCAGCCAAAAUACAAAUGAGUGACAAAAUUAAGUUUUAAAUAGCUUUUCGUUUGAUUAUUUAAAAACAAAAUGAGUGAAGGUAGACAUGUUUUAUUGUUGUUUGUGUAUUAUACUUUUUCUCAUGCCCUGUACAAUGAUAGAAGAGCACACUAAUGACAACUGACUGGAAAAGUAGAAAUAAAUUUGGAAGCAUUUUCUGUAAAAUACUAAAAACUAAUAUUACUAUUAUAAUAUUAGUUUCCUGCUGUGUCGUGUUUUACAUGUCAUUAUUGUUGUACAUUAAAGGAAUACUUGGACAUUUUGGGAAAUACGCUCAUUUGCUUUCUUUUUGAGAGUAAGACUAGAGGAUUGAUACCAUUGCUAUGUCUUAGCUUAGUAUACAGACUGGAACCAAAACAGCUAGCCUGGCUCUAUCAGCACAUAUAAGGCUCUUAUUAACACUUUAUAUCUUGUUCGUUUAAUCUAUACAAAACACAAAGUGUAAAAAUCAUUGGUGGUUGAGCCAAGCUAGCUGUUUCCCAGGUUCUACUCUAAGCUAACCUGCUGCUGGCUGUAGCUAUAUUAUAUAUUUAGCACAAAGAUAAGAGAGUGGCAUCAAUUUUGUCUUAUUCUCUGUAAGAAAACCAAUAAGCCUAUUGCCUAAUAUUGUAAAUGUACUACACACACACACACAUAUAUAUAUAUAUAUAUAUAUAUAUAUAUAUAUAUAUAUAUGAGUGUAGUAUACAAAAAUAAUGUUUUAUUGUAAUAUUAUGUAAAUAACCUUGGAUGGAGGAACAAAUUUUGUGUUAAAACUUUGACAUAUUGUGAGCAUGCAUAGCUUUUUUAAACCAAAGAACAACUACAUUCUUGUCAUCAGUACUUUUUAGUCCACUUUUGUGUGGUUUAUAGGGUUUUUUUUUUUUUUUUUUUUUUUUUUAUUGUGAGGGACAGUUGUAAAAGUUUUAAUGUUUGGUGUAUAUUACAGCACAGCACUGACACUGCCAUAAACUGUUAUGAUGUGUUGAAGAAAUAAAUCCUGUGGAA